AUGCUUACUCUUCUUUUUGCAGUAAGUUUCUUCUGUGCUAAAUGAUAUAUAGAAGUGAAACAACAUGUAAAGCCAGACAUGUUUUGACCCUUAAUUAUUGAGAUGCUAUUUUAACUUACUGACGACCAUAUAAUUAUAUUGUACAGUCAAACACUUUGCUCUCUGUUAUAUGUUGCUGUUAUGUACUCAGUUGUAGUACAUUUAACAAAAAACAAAACAAACAGAUUAGGCAAGUUUGAGAGUAAUAACUGCAAACAUAAUUUUUUUUAUAGCACCCGUGUGUCAAAUGUGGGAAAUUUAAAUCUUGAAGUUAUCUAUAUAGACUUGCAAUGGCCGCCAUUUAUUUCAGAGCUUACAAGGGAACUUCAUUAUUGUUUUGUAAAGGGGCAGCUAUAGUUACUCACAGCAGACAGAAACAAUAACAUCAUAAAACUAUUAGAAGUAGCUUUAAGUUUAUGACUGAUAAUUUUGUGACAUACUGUUAAGGUCAAGUUCCUUACCAUUGAUUUUCUUUGUAAAAUAGAUAGGAAAAUCAAAGCCUGUUUAUUUGAGUUACUAUUAAAAAUUGUGUUUAUCAAAAUUAAUAAUACAAUAAUAAAAACUAAUAUUAUUUGUCUCUUGUUAAUAUUAAUUUUAAUAAUUGCAUCAGUGCAAAUUUUAAAAAAACUGAUAACAAGCAGGCAAUAAAGAUCAUUUUAUAACUGCCUUUACUAAAGAUAUAAAAUUAGAAUUCACAAGUUAUUUAGUUAAGUCGGUAAACAGCUUACAAGCAGUAAUUACUCAGUAAUUGGUAAAGCUUUUGUAAAGACAUUUAGGUUUCUAUAAUAAUAAUCAUUUUAAUUUUAAAGUUUAAAUUGUUUUGUAACACCUUUACUCAAAUAUUUUUGGCACAGAGCUUGAAUCUGGAAGAAUAGGAAGCUUAACAUAAAUCAUAAAAUUUUAUGUUUUUAGACCAAGAAUGGGUGGUGGUAAAGGAGUGGCUGGGAUAUCGUCUUGCUUUUCUGUUUCACUUUUGUCUUGUAAGAUUAGUAAAAUACCCAGAUUUCCAGGGUUACAAGUGUUUUCAUCAUUAAGUUGUUCUAGAAUAGUGUUUUAAAAACGUUGCAAGGUUUUGGGCUUUCUUAAUUCCUUCUUAAAAGGCCUCAGUGAUGACUUAUUGGGCGUCCUUUAAAUGUUGUUGUGUCUCUACUUCAUUUAGACACUUACCGGAUCAACAGACAUACAAGAUGAAGAUGAUGUCACUGAACUUUUGAAUGCUAUUUCAGCAGCAAAUAAUACCCCUGUGCCUCCCACAGAUAACAUCAAAUCCAAACCCAAGCUAAACAAAAGAGACACUGAUAUGGUGUUAUCCUCUUUACUUGAAUCACUGCAGCCCCCACCCUCACCCCCAGAGUCCCUACGGUCUGUGGACCCCAGGGAGUUCGACUCUCAGUGGGAGAGUGGUUACAGUGACAAUGAAGCUCCGCGAGAUCUUGUUUCAAGUAAAUCUCGACAAAGUUUGGAGAAGAAAACUAGCUCAUCAGCUAAUAGCACAAUUGCUGAAAACGAGAGGAAUGAUUCUCAGCAAACUUUCAAUUCGCUCGCUGUUCAACAUAGUAUUACAAGGCAGCUGGAUUCUGCAUCAGAUAAUGACAUUACAACUGAUAAUGAUGUUAAUGACAGUAGCAAUGAUGGUGACGAUGAUGAUAUUGACAUGGAUGAUGAGGAUGUGUUUGACAUGCUGAGGGACAACAGUCAGCUUGUGAUAAGUAUGCUGAACAAUGAUAAGCCUGAAUCAACAGUGGAAGUAAACAAUAAUGUAGGACACAAAGACAGUUCCUCAACACACAACACUCUUGAAGUAGAUGCACAUCCUGAUGUACCCCCGCCAAUCCCUACCACACCUCUUCCAUCAGAUGAUGAUGAGCCCCCAGUAAAACCUCCACCAAGAAGGGAAUCACUUCCCAAGUUUUCAGGAAAUUCUAGCGCCGAAGAAUCUUACUCUUUACCAGUUGUUAAUGAAUCUGUUAAUGGACACAGCAGGUAAAAUUCUCGAGGGACUGUUGCAUAUACACCCCCAGGGUGGUGGGGGGGGGGGGGCACUAGAUCAAUAUUUGGGAAGAGGUGAGUCACUGAGCUUUUGAAAGUCUGGCCCUGUUUAGGACACCACCCUCAAUGUUAUUAUCCUUCUAGAACAAAUGACAUAAUGAAUGCCAUCUUGUUUUUAAGUCAUUUAUUGGCAAUUGCAGUUCAGAAAAUUAACGUUAUAGUCUUUGCUUUUGUAUAUGUGUAGCACAACAAAUUUCAUCAAACAAAUAAACUCAAUCGUGCAGGCAGUACCCUGUUUACAAUUAGAACAGACUUGCACAAAAUUCCCUGUUUAAAAAUCAUACCCUGUCCAGUAGCACAUCCCCAUAUAGGCCAUGAUAUUAUAAUGGAGUACCCCCAGGAUAUACAGUGGUGUAGACAGUAAUCCUUUUUUCAGCUUUCAUCAACACUACUAGGUGUAAAAAGGUUCGGUGGCCAAAGUUAAUAUUCAUAGUAAGUAGUUUGCUCAGGUGCUACAGGCAACUGGAUUUUACAGAUGUGCUUUCUUGAAUGUACAGAUUGCCUUGCUAUAAUGUACCUGAUGGCCUAUCAAUGUAAUCAAAUUGCACUGCAUGAUAUGACACCCAGUGUUGUGGUUAUAGGUUUCUCUGAUUUUCCUAUAAUUGACUUUGCUAGUAAAGUUAAGGCAGAGAAAAAUAAAUAUUUUACAUCUGCUAGCUUUAAGUUAAAAAUUUCCAUCCAAUGAAAAAAGUGUGGACGUCAAAGAGUCCAAAGAACUUUGAUCAACACUAUGAUCUUUAUUUUCUACUUUUUUUUAUAUAGUGGUGAUGAAUUGACAGCUCCCUCAGAACCUUUGAUUGAUGUACUUGAAGGUGGUCAGUAUUCAGGAGAUAACCUUGCUGAGCUCAUCAGAAGUGUCAAGGAAAAAAUACUAUCUAACAUCCCUGCUGAAGAGUUUAGGGUUUGUAUUACUUUUAAAGACCUUCUGUUAGAACAUAAAUUGCUUUUUUCAUCAAUAAAAUUGUCAGUAGCUCAGUAGCAGCGAUGUCUCGCACCUGUUCAACAACCAAAACAAAGUCCUUCUUAAAUUUUGAGUAAUGUUGUAGCAAUUUGCUGUACACUAUCUUAUUACAGUGGAACCUCGACAUGACAAACCUCUAAAGAAGUCUUUGGUAUGUAAGGAACGAUUUUCUUUACCCCAGUAACAGUAAAAUAUAUGAAAAAAAACCUUGUUGUAGCGAACAAAUUAAGUAUUUUUGCCAGUCCCUUGGCCCUUCAUUAAAUCGAGGUUCCACUGUAAUUAUAUUUUCAUGUUUUAAACUAAAACAAGAGACAGAAAGAUUCUUUGUUCAUGUUAUUCAGCUAUAGGAGGGUGGAAACCCAGGGGAAUUGUCAUAAAAUUCUCUGAGUUCUUUCCCAACUUUGUGUUAACUUUUUUCUUGUAGGCCUUGAGAGAAAUAAAACAAACAGAUGGAUGUGACUCAGGGAAAAAACCAGCAAACAAGGAUAAAAACAGAUACAGAAAUGUGCUGCCAUGUAUGUUGUACUUAACUGCUUAUAAACAGUAAUAGCUCAUUUGAGUUCAUGAAGCAGGUGUUAUGUUGAUGCUACAAGCAGCCAUGCAAAUUCAAUGCAUGUGGAUUGAAUGUGGGGGUUGUGGUUUGGGGCACUUUUAGUUUCCCUUUGCUACUCACUAUCGAUGACCAAGUAACCUGACUGAAAAGGCUUUGCUAAUAACAAUAUUGUAUUAAUGUUACUCAAUCUCUCUACUUCAGAAUUAAUCAGCAGGGAAACUAGCUACUAUUAAAUGGGUAAUCCAUCAACUCUUCACAUCUGUACGGCGAUGAGCAUAAAUAAAUGAUUAUCUUAUCUAGUAAAAAAUAUAGUAUGACCUUCAAGAGAUCAGUUUUCUAUUAUCAAAAUAUUUCAAACUCUUAUUAAUUUCGUUUCGGUGACAUGCCUGACUCUAAAGGAGAUAAAUUGAAUUUACGUUUCAGUUGAGAAGACCAGGGUCCAAUUAUCUGGAGAUGGUGAUGGUGAUUACAUAAAUGCCAGUCAUGUGAAGGUACCAGUGGUAUACUUGAGUCCUUUUAGUGACGAAUGUUGCAAUCACCUAAACAAAUAGCUGAGGUAUUGAGUAGGCAGUAUCCAAAACUUAACAUGAUACAUAAGCCAUGAGAUUCAGCAUCACUCAGAAAAAUACUCAACCAGUACUGAUAGAUUCAAGUUUGACUUUCAGAAAAGGAUUUUUUUUACCUAUUAAACUUUUAUAUGUACUUCUUUUGUUGCUUAUUCCAGAUUCCUGUUGGAGAUGAUGUUUAUCACUACAUUGCAACUCAGGUAUAUUUUCUUGACUGGAAUAUUUUCUUUUAUGGCUGUAGGGUCAAUGACUGUAAAUGGUGACUUUUUUUCUACUUUCCUUGUGUGAAGUAAAUUGAUCGAUUCUAAUUCUUUAAAGAAUCACUCAAAACUGUAAAGAAACUCCUUUUUUUAUCCAAUUGUGACCUAGUAAAUUUCAAAAAUAGAUAGCCCCGAAUCUGGAAAAUUAUUUAAGAUACACCGUAUAAUGGGAAAUGGUUAAAGGAGGGUUUACCUCAGUGUAACAACCCAUGUACUUUUUCCUUGUCUUACACCUUUUGGUUUCUUAAGUUCUUUGGUGUAACUUCUUUGUGUUCUUUGCUUUACAUCACCCAUACGUUUUACAAGUUUUUACAGCAAGGAUUUGCCAUAAUGGAUGGUUUGGGCUUAAAAUUUGUUGUUCUUAUAUUGGUGUUCCAGGGCCCUCUUCCAAACACAAUACAAGAUUUUUGGCAGAUGAUCUGGGAACAAGAAGUUGUCGUUAUUGCCAUGGUAACACUACAGCAAGAAGGAGGAAAGGUAUAUAUGAGCAUGUUUGCAUAGUCAGAUGGAGUAUAUCACAGAAAACACUUUAAUUUGAAGAUAUUUAUUCAGUAGAGUGUUUUGUGAAAAUUAUUAAGAUUCUUUGGAGAAAAAGCCUCUUUUGGAGCAUAGUGGAACUCUGUCAAUACAGAUACCAAGGGGAUAUGCUACAAUAAGCUCAUGAUUGUGACAAUGAAAAUAGACAUUGAGCAGGGAACUGGUGUGUAUAAAGCAUGGUUGACGAUGAUAUGAGAGUUUGAAAUUGCCUGUGUCCGUAUUGAGUUGGUUAAUUUUAGAGAAAGUAUAUGAGCUUUUCUUCGGGACAAACAAAACUGUCCUUAUAAUAUCAUAAGGGUGCUCAUAGUAAGGGGGUGACUAUAGAGCAGAGUCCACGUUAGUGUAACCAACGUCACUCUAGUUCCACCAUCAGGCAAUAACGUUAAUUAUUCUAUUCAACGUGCAAAGAAAGUCCUGUCCUAUAUCCUGGGGUUAGGGGUUUUUUUGAUUCAUCGGGCCAGUGAAUUCUGGUCUUAACUUGCCCAACAGGCAAGGCUAAGUGAUAUUUUUAGGGGAAUUCAAAUUACAGAAGUACUGAAAGACAAAUUGCUUAAAUUCCUUCCAAUUUCACGGGGAUUGAAAGCUGUUUUUCAAGCUGAUCAUUCUGAUAAAGUGAAAUUAUUUCAAGUAUUACUGCAAUGAAUAUAUAAAACAAGUAAUUUAAAAAAACUAAAGGUGCAAUGAUUCUUGGGCUAGUAUAAGCCAGGCUUGCCCGUAGGGACAAGAUGUAAAACUGACUUUCUUUUAGCCUGCGGAGCUGGCCAUUUUUUGGUGGGUUGUUACAUUUGUGGCUCGUAAAGUAAGAGAUUCAGCUUGUAGACAGCUCUACUUGAAUUCUCCUUGAUAAAGUCACAUUGCCAGUGGCUGCUUUUAUGGACAUCCCGUUAGUGGCCCUAUCCAUUUACAGACCCUUUUCCAUGGGAGUCUCGACACCUGAUUUUGUUUUCUAAUCACAUAAAGGAGGUCUUUCAAAAAGUGAAACUGAAUUUCAUGCCAAAAUUUUACUUUUAAAAAAAUCAUAAAUAGACUCGUGUUUUAGUAAAAUAUAAAUAUUUCAAGAUGAUAUCAUGAUGUGUAUUUACACCAAAGCUGGAAUCCACUGAUAUGAAAAUUUCAGUAGUUAUUUAAAUAUCAGUACUAGUUUUAUGUACUUUAUUUGCUAGUUUUAGCGAUUGCUGCAAUGUUGUCAUUUUCCCACAGGUGAAAUGUCAUAGGUACUGGCCAAACACUGAGGAUCAACCUGUAGUAUAUACAGAAAGGUUAGUGUAUGCUGUUUCUGCAACUGCUACUAAUUAACAUAUCAAUUAUGCUGUCACCAGCAGCAUAUAAGGUUCUUGGAAAUCAGAUCAUUAACUCCUUAAACCCUAAUGUCAGCAUUUAUAAUUUAUUCUCUGCACUAUUUUCCAUCUUUUUUGCUGUUGUGUACCUAUGUGGAGAAUUUGAAUUGUUGAACAAUCAGACCCUUUUUUGUUAGAGAUCCUUUCCUUUACUCUCAAGACCUUAAACCCUAAAGAAGGGUUAUUUAAGGACUAGUCAUAUUUUGGUCACUCUUACUGUUAGGGUAUACACGGUUUUAUUUGUCUGAUAUCUUUUUUUUUUUUUUUUUCCACUUUUUAUAUGAAAGAGUAGUAUUUUUUUUUUUGCCGAGUAUUAUUUUUUAGAGCUUAAUGCUUGUUAAAGUUUGGUAUUUUUUGAAUAUGCUGUGGUUCACUGUGACUUAUAUUUGAGUUUUUCAAUAUAUAUUUCUUUUCAAAUUAAUUUUCUUUUUUUUAUUUUUUCUUUUCUUUUUUUUCUAUACCUUUAAUCCUUAAGAAGGGUUUUUUUAGGAAUAUUUAUAUUUUUGUUCCUUUUUCUUUUUUGUUAUUCUCGGUUUUUUUUGUUUGAUAUCUUUUUUUUUUUUUUUUCACCUUUUUACAUGACAGAGUAGUAUUGUUAUUCUAGCAGAGUAAUAUUCUUGAGAGCAUAAUGCUUGAUAAAGAUUGGUAUUCUUUGAAUAAGAUGCUGGUCACUGGUAAUUAAUGUUGAGCUGUUCAAGCUAAAUAAACUAGCAGUUUCAGUUGAUGUUCACUGUUUCUUACUGUCACUCUAGUAUCACAUAUUUUUAGUCAGCACGUUUAAUUUCCGUUGUCUUUGUUUCUGCAGAAUAGCAGUGAGCCUUCUAAGACAGGAAGAUUUUGGUUCAUUUAUAGAGAGAGAACUUGAGCUCCAUGACUCUCAGGUAUGCAAAAUUUGUGCAUGUUUAUAACUUAGGUCCUGUUUUUUAUUAUUAUUAUAUAUUCAUACUUUUGAAGCUUUUAAAAAUAUUUCCUGGUACUUCUCAUUUAGUUUGUGAGUUUUAUGUUUGUCUGAUUGAGUGCCCCUCAAGCACUUUAAAUUUAUUAAGGUAGUGCUAUUUCAUAUAUUUGUGUAAUUCUUUUGGAGGAGUGCUUUGCUUAGACUUCCAGAUUUUUGAAGGUUUUGUGUUGAGGAAAUGAGCUAGUGGGGUGCCUGUGUGGUGUUUGAGAGUGAUGAAUGUUAGGCAGAAAUGGUCUAAUUUCAUUUUCUCUCUUUUAAUUUGUAGACUGGUAAAACCAGGACUGUUUCUCACAUAAACUUUAUUACAUGGCCAGAUCAUGGAGUUCCAAAGGUAUGCUAGCUAAUACUUAGUGAAGUGUUUUUAUGCUUGUACUCUCAGGUUUUCAGCCAUACUAAGAUAAGUAUGUUUGAGACUCCACUUAUCCAUGGAUCCUAAUUGACGGUGCACUGUAGGCAUUUUCUGGGUAGCCUGCAUGGCAGACGGUCCAUAAAGGUGAAAGGGAGAGAAAGAGGGAGAAAAGCGUGAAAAGAAAAGGGAAGGGAACUUACCCUCCCUUACCCUCUCUCCCCAAUCCCUCUCUCGAUCAGUACAUUUUCACCGAAACUUAAAACGUACCUUUCAUGACCAUAAUAUUUGUAACUAUUGUUUGUAAGUAGGACUUUCUUGAUUUUGUGUAUUUAUUCAUUACUUAAUUUUUGUUUCAUUUUUUAAUGCUUAGUUUUGGUUGAGGGCAACGCGUAUAUUAUCUGUGGAUUUCAAGUUAAAAUUCUCAUUAAAAAUCUAUCUAUCUAUCCAUCCUAUCAAAUCCUGUUACGCAGGCCUUUUCUGGAUGGCACACAAAUUCUUUAGCAAGCCACCACCAGUAACUCUUUCCACUGCAGGUUGCUGGUGUUGUAAUUUUGAUCUUUUUUCAUGAAUUCAUGAAUAAACUUUGUACAGUUCUCACCAGAGCCCCCCUUCCCUCUUCAUAACCUCAUUCUUUUUGCCUUUACCUACCCUAGUAGAGGUUGCAACUGCGCACUUAAAUACACAAUACUGAACUUGUGAUUGUCUGAAAAAUAUGCCUGUGUUUUAGCCUGUAGGCCCAUGUUGAUCAGGGUUCUCAAUAGAUUUUUAAGUAGGAGGUGAUCACUGAUAAAGUAGGAGGCUCUUCACCAAAGCCAGAGGUGUCAAAACAAAGCAAAGAAAAGCGACCUAAACACAAAGUAAGCGGCUAUAAAUCCCAAAGUAAGCGGCGAUCAGUCGCCGGGUGCCGCCUUCUAUUGAGAACCCUGGUUGAUCUGCCGGGUCUAAAGUACAGGUCACAUUCUACAGGUCAAGAGUACAAGUCACUGCUCCUUCGAUAAAUUACCAAACCACACAGAUUCCCCUUGAUCUAAUUGAGCAUUUUGUUAAGAGGUUAGGGUAGGUGACACUUUUAAUGCUGUUCAUUUAUCUGUAUCAUGGUCACCUGUAGUCUGACCUGUGCAAAAGUGACCUGUAUUUUAGACCCACCACUCAAGUGAUCUUUUAAGAAAUGUCUUUCUCGAGUAAUUCAACUUUUGCCGUAAACAGAAAGUAAAGUGAAUUCCACUUUAAAAAAUAGACCUGAGCCCGCAAUCAAUUGAAAACCCAAAACUGGUCAGCGGAUAACUUUAAAAAAUACGUGGCCUCAAUGAGUUGUAUACCUGAGCCUGCGAUGCAGUCAUGGGACACUGGUCUGUGGAUACCCUUUGUUGACCGCUGUCAAUUGACCAUAACAUGGAUGUCCAAUACCAGGUUAAACACAGAUAGUAUAUGCCUUGGACUCCUAGCCAGUAACUGUGCCAUUUCACAUCCGCUAACAUGGAGGAGUGAAACUACAGACGAUUUUUCAGAACCAAAAAGUUUCUUGGAUGCAUAGAUAAUCAAAUUAUUUUACCCACGGUGCUUCGCUAAUAUGCAUUUUAGGAGUGUGGAUACUCCGAUUGAUACAGUACUGAUCCUUAAUGUAGAUAUUGCCUCACUAGUACCACACUUUGUUAACAUUUAACAACAGAGUGCAUUAAUUUUGUCUGAUAUCAUUCCAAAUUUCGUUUGUUUAUAGUCAGCCGUGGAGUUGGUAGAAUUUGUUCGAUUCUUGCGCCUUCUUGCUGAGGGUCCUGGCCCAGUUGUUGUUCACUGCAGGUAACUGAAAUCUUCAGACCCCUGGAAGUAAUUUUUGAUUGUACCUGGUUUAAUUUGUAUUGAUUUUAGUAACUGUUCAAAUGUUUUAUUGAUCUUUCAGUGCUGGAAUUGGUAGAACAGGUGCUCUUAUCACCAUAGAUGUGGCAAUAGGUCUCAUGGAAAGAGAUUUACCGGUAUGCAUUACAACUUAUUUUGCAACAAAAAUAAGCAAUAAAAGCACAUGGCAUUUUCAGUUGAUGACUGCAGCUGGCGUUAUGCUGUACAUACAAAAAGUCGCAACCAUUUUUUAAGGACUUUUCAAGGACCACAUUUGAUUUUCAAGGACCACCUUCCAGGAAUGUAAUUUCACAGAUUGUACAAAAAUGCACAUUCCCAGUCCAUUCUACCAGGACUUUAAGGCUUGAACUGUUUGCUCCACCAAAUUUUCUGUAUUUUUCAGUACUCUUGUCUUAGUCGAUACAAUUGAACCUCUCUACAACAACCACCUUGGGGACAGAAGAAAGUGGCUGUUGUAGAGGUUCUAAACAAGAGUACAUGUAGGGAUUUUUUUGCCCAUUGGGACGGAAAAAACUGGCUGUUGUAGAGAGGUGGCCGUUAGCGAAAGUUCGACUGUAGUUAAUUAUUGCAUAAAACAAAAAUCGCUUUAUGUAAAUCACCUAUAUGUUCUGUGUUGGACAACCAAGACGCUUUAAAAAGCACCUUACAGGCUACUACAUUUGAAGUUGAAGAAAAUUCAAGGACUUCCCCUAAAAUUCAAGGACUUGCAAGACUGUGCAAACCCUGUUACGUCACACAGCAGGCCAUUGUUGAAACAUCACAUCUUUUUGUGUGGCACAUUAAUAGAAAAUGAAAAAAGCUGCACUUAACGCUAGGGAGUGUGGCUCAUUUAUGUUUAAUCAACAGUCAACAGUUCAGUACAUUGUAAUAAUUUAGUUGGGUGACAACCAUCAAUGCACGCGGUUUUUCUUUUUCACUUUUGACAGUUUGAUGUCAACAAGAUUGUGAGAAAACUUCGUGAACAGAGGCAAGGCAUGAUUCAAACAAAAGUAAGUGAAUUAAGAUCAUGUUGACAACAGCCAGCUACCCUUUGUUUUACAAAAAUUAAUGAUAACGUGCCAAGGUUGAAGAACUAGAAGGCAAUGUAUUCUUGUUUUGUUUUUUAGCACUAAUUUAGUACCAAACAGUUGUUUAUUCUUUGUUCUUUAUAAUUUUGUUAUAGGACCAGUACAUAUUCUGUUACAAGGCCUGCCUGGAAGUUCUUAUGUCACUGACUGCCAGCUAAUUUACAAUUACCCGUGAAAUGUUUUAGUAGUUUGAUUUAUUUGCACCGUAAACGUCUCUUCACUUGUGGCAAGUUAGUUACAGAGAUGACAAACAGUAAUAUGUUUAAACCUCCAUGUAUCAAAAUACCACGAAUGUAGAAUAUUUUUAAAUUGAAGUAAAAUAUUUACUUUACAAUAAAGUAAGCAGAUUGUUAAACAAGCUUAACCUGCAUAAUAUAAAUUAAUUUUCAUACUUUUCACAUCAUUCGAAAAAUGUUUUUAUUUUACAGCUACGGUAGUAUUUUGGUCUGUUUCAAGUUGUACUGUUAUAUAUUUGUUAAACUGACACUAAAAUAGUUGCCCAUUAAAGUAGGGAAUAGGGGAUAACAGAUCCCCUUCUGAGAUUUUAAUCAUAUUAAUUCAGUAGUUUUUGAUAAUAUUAUAAUAUAUGAAAGUACCAUUCAAAUUAUAAUCUCAUCAGUCUACACUUUUUAAACAAUUUGAACAUCUUGAAAAAUUAUUAUGGAAGUAUGUAUUUACUAGGGUAGUAGUUAUUUAUUCCGUUUGAUUUUUAUUGAUUUAUUUAAUAUUGAUUUUUAUUUCUUUUUUCACUUAAAUGAUAUUAAUUUUAUUCUGAUUCAUACGUGUUUAAUGCCUCGGUUUGUAAAGAGAUUCCUAUCUACAAUCUUAUUUGACCUGAAACCUCUAGACUGCUCGCACACCCUUAAGACUGUAGCACAGGCGAGCUUGUUAUGUUCGCCCAUGCGACAAUCCUGAGAAGUCUUUGGACUGAAGAUAAAGAUCGAUAUAUGAAGAAAACUAUCAUGCCACUGAUUUUUAGAGUGUUGAGGUGGUUACAUGAAAAUUGUGGGAAUUGGGGUGGGGAACUUAUUGUAAAAGUCUAGAUAUUUUUGUCAUGUGGAUGCAAGGGUCUUAGAUCAAGUGUUACGUGUUCAAACAAACGAGAAAAAGAAUAUUCUUCUUUGUGGAAAUAAAGC